UUAUUCAAGUUGAUGCAGAUGCCAACAAAGAAAAAGGAAAGUCUGACAGGAACACAGAAGUUAGCGAGAAUCAGGAAAGUUUACUCUAUCAAUUCAGAUCGAGGCAGAUCUGUUAAGAGUUGUGAGAGAGAAAGAUGCUCACUAUCUAAUGGUGGAAACGCCUUACUCCCAAGAAGACAAAGAAUUGAUAGAGAUUUUGAUAGGAUACAGAAGACGCUGAGGAAGGACAGUGUAGACCCUGAGAUGGGGUCGAAGCUAAUCCAGACUAGUGAUGCCUUGACAAGCAAAGAACUGAGUCAGAAUCCUUCCCAAAAAGAGAGUAUUCAUGCUACACUUAGAAAGAAGUUUAGUAAAAAGCCAAGUCAUGGAGCCAGUAACUCAUUCAUCCCAACUCUGACUCAUGAGGAAGACUUCGGCAAUAAGGUCACUUGUGCUUAUGCUACUAAUGAGGAAGACUAUGGCUGCAAGAUCAAGGAGCAUGAUGAACUUGCAAGACUCCCAAACUUUAUUGGCCGGGCUUUGGAGAAUCUUGAGAAUUCACUUGACUCUCUUAAUGUUGACAAGAAGAAUACAAAGAAGAAGGCCAACUUAUCUUCCUCAAGAACAAGAUCUAAGAACAGGUUUGGGUCCAUUGAUCCGAUCAUCAGAUCUAACAAGAAGGGAAAGCUAAAUAGAAUCUUUUUUAGAAAAGAGAAACUCAGGAUCCAAGGAAGAGAGCUUGUCAAAGCCACUGAACAGAUUCAAGCCAGAAUCAGCUCUGUACAGAGAAAAGUAAGAGAGGACUACAUGACAAUGAAGAAGGAUCUGACUAAAAAGUGCAAGGAUCUUAAAUAAAGAGUACGAAUAUAUGAAAAGAAAGAACAUCAAGCUUGAAGAAAGGAAGAAUGCUCAAAGUGAAGAGUUUAGCAAGAAAAUCACUCAGCUUAAGAAAGCCAACAUUGCUUCAACACAACAGCUGCAGGAUACUAAGUGUGCAAUUAAGAAGCUUCAGAAGGAAAAUGCAUACUUAAGCGAUAUUGACAGUCACCUUAAGCAGAUAUGUGAUGUAAUUGACCAGCACAACGCUGAGAUGUACUCAACUGAUAGAGAAUACAAAGCUUUCUUUGACAAGAAGGGAAAUUGCCAUCGCUCAGAAGUCCUCCAUAAACUCUUUGAGGUCAUGCAGAACAAGAUACAUCAAGAAAGGGUUGCUAAAGAAGCUGCUCUUGGAGAGUUAGAGAAGGCCAAGACUCAGCAUAUCAGUACAACUAACUUUAAAGGAUUUGGACAUCAACAUUUUCCUGGACCAGAUGAAAGCGUUGAGAAGCCCAGAAAUUACAACAUCAACCCUGAAGAGUUUGGAAGCAGCAUGGAUAUCUACCUUAACCCUAGCAGAGUCAGCGUUGAACAGUUAGGUGAAGUAAGUCCAGAGAUCAUCCAAACAGAAGAAGACUGUAAGAAAUUCUUUGAAAGUCAGUUUAACUCCAGAGGCCAGACAGAGGAAUAGGACAAGUAUAUCUCUAAUUAUUUUGAAUUUCAGUUGCUAUCCUUUCUUGAGCCUAGCUGUAUUCAGCAGUCUAUA